AUGUACCACUCACAGAUCACGUUCACGUUUGACACAAUAUGUCCCUGGACGUACAUUGCGAAGAAAAGAUUGGGCAAGGCGCUCGACGAAAUCGCUGCCUCUCCGGCUGGCAAGGACGUCUCCUUCACCCUGGUCUUCAAACCAUACCAGCUCUACCCGGCAUUUUCAUCUGAACCUCAGGAUAAACGUCACUGGUACGUGACAGAGAAACACGAUGCCUCUGACGUCAAGCAAUCGGUAUAUGAGGCGACCAUGUCCGAGCUAGGUGCAGCCGUCGGGAUCAACUUCUCCUGGGGCGGCACCAUGUCGAACACCUUCAACGCACACCGCGUGAUUCAACACUUUCAAGAGGCGAAAGGCGCCGAGACAGCGAAUCGGCUUGUGGAAGCGCUGUACAGCCGCUACUUCGAGAAAGAGCAGGAUCAAGGUGCAAAGGGUGUCCUGCUAGAGGCUUGCGUUGAGGCUGGAAUCCCGGAGGCCGAAGCCAGGGAAGUUAUUGAGGACGAGACGGAGGGUAAGAUCGAAGUGAAAAACAUGAUACGCAUGUCAUCUAUGGACGGCGUGGACGCAGUGCCCCACAUCAUGUUCGAAGGCCGGAGACGGGAUCUCACACUUAUCGGGGCCAAGGAAGUUGGGGAGUAUGUAAAGACUUUGCAAUCCAUCAUCAAAGAGAGCAAAUAA